AUGAAUUCCGCAGGCGUACGCGCCUUUCAUCCAACCCCGGAGGAAGAUCAGGAGCGCGAGCGGAUCCGUGAUUUGUCGAGGUAUUAUUGUACAGUGACUCGGGCAUUUCCAGCACCUAAUGCGACGACUUCUGAGGGCGAAGAGACGCCUGCAGCACCGACUGGAGAUGAACAGCCCACAGGCUGUGAGUUAGCCAAGGAUAUUACUCUCACGGCACUCGCUCAGCUCGGCGUCCUCCGUUUCAAAGCCAAUCGGUGCUUUGUGUCCAUUAUUGACGGCGAAACUCAGCAUAUUAUUGCAGAAGCGACUAGUUCGAUCUCUUUACGAAAUAAGGAUCGCCAUCGGCCUGGAGAUGGUAUCUAUCUCGGGGCACGAUCACUGGAUCUACUCUGGGGGGUAUGUCCACAUACUGUCCAAUUGUUCACAGGACGCUCAUCGAACGACAUCGACACCGAAAAUGUAACCGCCAAUCGUACGCGCUAUAUCAUUCGUGAUUUCACCCUUGAAGACAGUUUCAAGGACCGACCUUAUGUUCGAGAAUGGCCGCACAUGCGCUUUUACGCAGAGGUGCCUCUAUUCAGUGCAUCCGGAUACGUCCUAGGCUCCUACUGCAUCGUCGAUGACAAACCAUGGACCGAAUUUGGGGAUGAACAGGUUAAUGACCUCCAGGAAGUGGCAGAUGCCAUCGGAUUGCACCUGGAGAAUGUACGAAUGAGCCAGGCUCAUAUUCGUACCGAAAAAUUGGUAAAGGGCUUGACAAACUUCGUCAAAGACCAUGCAGACUUUGAUCCCACCGAGGUCUCUAAUCAUGGUCGUCUCCAAUCCAGUGUUAUUGCUGCAAACCUUCUACCUCAUGAAAUCGCUGCUGGUGCCGCAAACGUUAGCUGUGAUGCGACUCCGGAGGUCGUUGUGCCGUUGGAUGACCCCGCUGAAGACGCCACUCCCAACCCCAGACUAUCAAUUUCUUCAAUUGUGACGGAGAAAGAAUCCAUAUUCUUCUUGCCAGAUCGGCCGUGCACGACAGACCCAUCCUCUCUAUAUUCGGGCCUUUCUGAUCGGCCGAUGGCGAUGAGCCCCGGUGAAGAAAAAUCACCGGGAGAAGUAUUGAAGUCCGCAGAGACCGGUGUCCCCCAGAAUAUCGAUAAGAGCUUCUCGCAAUUGUCAUUAACAGAGAGCAUGCCUAUUUCCGAACGGAUUGCAUCUAUUUAUUCUCGAGCGAGUGUGCUACUUCGGGACUCCAUGGAUCUAGAUGGGGUCACAUUUCUUGAUGCCUGUCCAAUUAAUUUUACCUUUGUCCCUGAAGCGUCAGAGAGCUGGGAGCCGUUACCAACAACUGCAGAUCCCGGAUUCUCGACCAUGGCCCUACCCAGUCCCCUUGGGUUGCCUCGAGUUGUGUCGCGAGACUUUGACCUUCCAUGCGAUAACUUGAGCUGCGCAUUGAAAUCUCCAUCCAAAGGUGCCGGUGUCUCAACAAGUCAUCCUCAUAUACCACAGGGACUGCUGCAUCAAAUGCUUCGGACUUUCCCACAAGGGCAAAUCCUGAGUCUGAAUGAAACCAACGAUGAAGAAAACUAUUUGUUCAAUAAAGAAGCUGGCACUUGUGAUUCUCAGCAGGAGCCCAACCUCCAGAACUGUUCAGAACACCUUGCACGGUGUCUUCCUGGAGCUAAGUCCGCACUUUUCCUGCCUUUGUGGGAUUGGAACAAGUCACGUUGGCUUUCUGGGGUGCUUGUAUGGACUGCAAGCAGUUUUCGGGCGCUUGGGCCAGAGGAGCUGCACUAUUUCAAAGUAUUUGGCGAUUCUUUGAUCUCAGAAGUGUCCAGAAUUCAUUGGGCAAGCACCGAGAGAUCUAAAUUCGAUUUCAUAUCCUCUGUUAGCCAUGAACUCCGUUCUCCACUCCACGGCAUAUUGGCGAGUGCCGAAUUACUCGAUGCCACCACUCUCACUCCAGCACAAGAAGAGAUGGUGAAGAUGAUUGAAAAGUCCGGAUUGACAUUGCUAGAUACAACGAAUCACAUGUUGGAGUUCUGCAAGGUCAACAAUCUGAGACACACAAACAAGAUGAAUGAAAUGAUUUCGGAAAAUGAUACAGCCAAUCUGGUCUCCGAUUUUAACAUCAGUCAUUUAGUGGAAGAGGUUGCGAAUAUUUUGUACACCGGUCAGCGAGCACCUGAGCAGGUGAGUAAGCUGGCAAACCGAAUGUCAUCCAACUUGGAAGCCACGGAUUCGAUCAAUACGGAUUUCAGUGCAAGAAACCAAAUAUCAGUUGUCAUAAGGGUGGACCAGACGGACACUUGGGUGAUUCGAUCCCUUGCAGGUGCCUGGAGGAGAAUCGUCAUGAACUUGUUGGGCAAUGCGAUGAAGUGGACUCCCAUCGGCUUCAUCGAAAUCGCGUUAUCAAAGGCUAGGGACCGAUCUGAUGCCCAACCCCCGCUUGUUCACCUGUCCAUCACUGAUACUGGGCGUGGAAUCGCGGCCGAUUUCAUUAAGCACAAACUAUUUGCCCCUUUCUCGCAAGAAGAUCCGCUCUCUGAAGGUGUCGGGUUGGGUUUGAGCACUGUACAGCAACUGGUGAUGUCGCUCGGGGGUCAUGUGAAUGUCAGGAGUGAAAUGGGCGUUGGCACUCAGGCUGAUGUCUAUAUUCCUGUUCAAUGUCUACCGGCCAGCUACAGUCCAGCGGCUAGCCUGGCUCCAACAAGUACUCCAGAAGGAAAUUCCCCUAUGCAUGCAUGCCUAGUGGGCUUCAAUGGUUACCCCGACCUCACAGAAACGCCAACUGGAAUCCUCACUGUCGAGGGCAAGCGAAAACUCUCCAUUCAAAGCACACUCGCCAGCAUCUUCAUGACAAAGAUGAAAUGGAACAUAUCUUUGGCCGACACCAUCGGAGAGGCUCGUGGGCAGGUUAUAGUCAUCGAAGAAGAGCUGCUCAGGCAAGCCAUGAAUGAAAAUGAUCAACAUGUCUCGGAAAUCGCGGCACAGAAUGGCUUUGACUUCUUCAUCGUCCUGAGCGGCAAUGUACCAAUCAUUCUCGAUAGCCUUUCUGUUAACAUCAUCCGCGUUGCCCAGCCAUUUGGACCCCAGAAGAUAUACAAAGCGGUUGAGAAGAUCAUGAAGUGGCGUGAGAUACAAAUACCACCUGCUUCUUCUGAUCCUGAGCCCGACGCUGCUUUCUCCCUCAUCUCUCCACCGACCCAAAUAGCAAGCAAUCCAGAGCCAGAGCCGGGAGUUUAUGAAAGAGUCAUCUCUGAGUAUCCAACCGAAGCAUUGAGUUCAUCGGAAGGAUCAAAUACUUCCACACCCCGACCCUCUAGCAAACAAGCACUGGCGCAUGUGCUCAUUGUGGAUGAUAAUGAAAUCAAUGUCAAGAUUAUGGCCACCUUCAUGCGCAAAAUUAACUGUAGCUACGAUACCGCGCACAAUGGCCUAGUUGCACUGGAGAAAUACAAAUCUUCCAACAUCUACUACGACUUUGUCUUAAUGGACAUCUCAAUGCCAGUAAUGGACGGUCUUGUCUCAACGAGCAAGAUUCGUGAAUAUGAACGCGAAAAUGGCAUCAGGCCAUCUUGCAUCAUGGCUGUUACUGGAGUUUCCUCAGCUGCCUUUCAGCACCAAGCUUACACGGCCGGUAUUGAUAAUUACCUCAUCAAACCACUCUCGCUUCACGAGCUCAAAACUCUUAUGAAACUUGCAUGA